UAAAUGGUUAUAGAACGGUGAUAACUGAAAUUUAAUUUAUACAACAACUUAUGUUAGAUUGUUCCAGCAAUAAUAAUAGUCUUGUCGUUGGGCUAUUCACUAUUCGCCAAUCACCAUUCUACCACUACCACUUGGUCACGGAGUUGUUGUUUCAUUAAUUGUCGUUGAAUUCGUAUUUUUGUUUAUCUUUCAGUUUUUAAAACUGAAUUUGAGGAUACUCUCAUUCCUGGACUUAAUUCGUUUGCCUGUAUCAUAUAACAAAUUUGUUCAAUGUCUUCCAAAAAAGUAUUUAAUGUCAAAGACAAAGUCUUUGCAAAAAUACGAGGUUAUCCUGCUUGGCCAGCAAUAAUAUCUGGUGUUAAAGUUGAUACUCCAUCACGGCAAAGAUAUAAUGUUUAUUUUUAUGGAACCGGUGAACGUGCUGAAUGUAAAUCAGAGGAACUCUUUCCUUAUGAAGAAAACAAGUCAAAACUAGGAAAACCAAACAAACGUAAAUAUUUUGCUGAAGCUUUAUUACAAAUUGAAGACGAUGAAGAAAAUUCAGUUUUUCCUGAUGACGAUUCACUAGCACUUGCAACACCAAGUAACAAAAGUCAUAUAGAACAAGAAUCACCUAAAGAUGAAUCUGAUGAAGUUGAAAAAUCAAAUGAAUCUAAUAUAGAAAGUGAAGGAAAAUUAUCAACCGAUGAGUCUACUUUAUCUAAGGGAAAAAAAGUUGUUUCUUCUAGAAAGAGUUUGGGUCUCUCAAUUUCUAAAGGAACAAAGAGAAAAAUAUCAGAUGUAAAACCUGAAGCACCUUCUAAAAAAUCUUUAUCGAAUAAACCAAAAAUGUUAGAAACUUUAAAGCUUAAAGAAAGACCUAGAGUUGAAGCUAUAGUAUUGGUAGAACCAUUGGAGGAUUGUGUAGUAGAAAGGGCAAAAAAUGGACAGCAGAAAAUAGAACAGACUGAUGAUAAAAAUGUUAGUGCCAAUGAAAAAGUUACUGAAACACCAGAUAAACAAUCAGAAACUCUUAAUACAACUGAAUCAGUUCUAGAAACUAGUGAUGUAUUAUCAGAUUCAAGUAAAGCAGUAAAAUCCUUGUCAAAAAUAAAGAAUAGUCCGACCUCAAGUAGUGAAAUAUCUUCUACCAAUAGUGUAAGUGUAGGACAUGUAUCACGUUCAGGUCGUAAAAUCAAGCCAAAAAAAUAUUCUGAUUAUGAAAAUGAAUCAGAGGUGCCAAAACGUUCAAGAUUAAGCAAAGAAAAUUCCAAAAGUUCAGAAAAGCAUAAUAAUGAAACAGAUACAUCAUCAGAACAAAAUUAUAAAACAAAAGAUACAAAUUCAGACACAAGAAAGAUAUCUAAAAGCCAUUCAGCAGCAUCAAUACCACACAUUAAUAAUUCAGCGACUAAAAACUUGGAACAAGUGAAUAAUGAAAUAAGUGAAGACAGCGAACUUCCGGUCGCAAUUAAAGAUCUCAUGGUUGGAGCUUUGUCAAGUAUAGAAACUAGUUGGAAGAAAACUGGUCCAAAAAAAAUCACUAAAAUUGAUUUAUUACACACUGAAGUUGAUCUGCUAGAUUACAUACAUAAAUUACGUAUAGCUUUACGAACAGACCAUGCUGAUUAUGAAGGAGCAUUAGAUUUAUUAGAGCACAUUAUUGAACUUCAAAUUAAUGCCUUAAUGUUAAAAAAACACCAAGAAAUUGUUGAAACAAUUAAACAAGUGACAAGGUAUACUGGUAAUGCAAAAGAAUGGAAUUUAAAUGAAGAGGAAAUUGUUUUACAUGAAGAAAAGUCAACUCAAAUUCGACGCAAGGCUGAAAUAGUAUUUAAUAAAUUUAUAUCAUUGUUCACCGUGUCUGAUGGGCAAUCAUUUGAUGAGAUAUUUAAUAAAGAAGUUGAAGACUUUUUUACAAAGACUAAACAUUUGGCUUGCGAUCAGAUUUAUGGGCUUACAUCAGAUAAAGAUUAUGAAUUAUGAUUAAUUAUUCUUACUAUUUAAAAAUUAAGACAACCAAUUUUUUUUCUUGUAGGUACAGACAAAUUGUACUAUAAUUUACUGUUUAAUUAGAAUUCCACAACUAUUAUUAUAUUAUUUUUUGACUAUUGGUUACAUUAUUUUGUAUCCAUUAUUAUAAGUUUUUUUUAAUAAUAUUUAAUACAUUUUUAGAGUUAUUUCAUCAAUUUAGUAAGUGUGUUAAGGAACUAAUAUAAUUUAUAGUUUAAUAGUGGGUUUUUUUUCAUUACAAUGGCAUAUGAAUACAUUUUCAAACUAAUGAUAAACAUUUAUUUAUAUUAAUUUUGCUUUUAUUUAAUUGAUAAUAGAUAACAUUUCAUUUUUAUUAUAUUUAUAUAUCUUAAGUAUUUAUGUGUGAGUGAAUUAAAAAUCCAUCACAAAUAUUUAUUGUUUAUACACGGAGAUUUUAUAGAUACAGACUAUGGAUAAUUUAAUGAAGAUGAAAUUUAUUACAUUAAUAAUUAAUACUGUGCAAAAUCAAUAUAUUUUAGCUUAUGUAAAUUAUUAAGUAUAGUAUAAUUUUUUUCUUCAAUAAAACACUUAUGUUCAAUUAUGUAUAAACUGAGUUUACCAUAAAUAUAGUACAUCAGCACAAA